GGGGGGGGGGGGGGGACGUCCAAACUCGUCUGAGAUCGACACAUGAUGAAAUUCCACCUCUUAAUUCUCACAUUUGGUGAACUUUGUCAAGGAACAGCAUAUCUUCGAACAGGAACCGUGACUGAGCUGCCGAGGCCUACCAUAACUCUAACGCCAAACGGACCCUUUGAGGAAGGCAACAACAGUCGGAUUGACUGCAGAAUCCCCGGUCAAUAUACUUCAAGUAAAAUUUACCUCAAACGAUACCACCAACUAAUCUCUGAAGUUACACAGACUCUCAACGCUGAUGAAGACACAGCGACUUUUCAUUUCAAAAAUAUCUCUUCAGAGAACCAAGGAUCAUAUCGAUGCUUCUACCAGGCGAAUACUUUGGGACGAUGGAUGACUUCGGAACUUAGCGAGCCAGUGGAAUUUAUUGUAAAAGAUAAAGACUCAUCUGAGAAGCCAAGUUUACCAGAGAAUGUCUGGACCUGGGUUGCCUUUGUGGCUGGUGGCAUCAUUAUGGUGGUGAUUACUAUUACAGUCGUCUGGUAUUUUUACAGAAAGAUCGCAAAGUACAGAAGGGAUACAAAUUACAGAAAUCAUUUUUGGACAAGCCGAGCAAGAACUGAUACCAUCAGCAUUAGACAAUCCUUCAGGUUUUCGAGAGAUUUGGGAAAUCUUCGGGAAAAUGGAGCGGACGAUCUCUACGACGCCAAUCAGAAUUCGGAGUAUCGGAAUGAAUCGGCAGACACGGAGAAUGGGUCAAACUCAAAACCAUAUUUCAUAACCUUCAAGGAACUGUAGGAUGAUGGGCGGCAUGGUGGUGCAGCGGUAGAGUUGCUGCCUCACAGCACCAGAGAUCCGGGUUCCAUCCUGACUACAGUGCCAUCUGUACGGAGUUUGCACGUUCUCCCCGUCACCUGCGUGGGUUUUCUCCGGGUGAUUCGGUUUCCUCCCACACUCCAAAGACGUGCGUGCGGGUUUGUUGGUUAAUUGGCCUCAGUAAAAUUAUAAAUUGUC